AAGGUUUUGUUUACAAAUGCAAAUUAAUCUUGCAUAACCUCGUGUGUGAAAAUGUUGGAAUCAUUGCUGUAAUGUAUGAAUUAAAGUCAAUUUUUGGUGGUAUAUUAUCUCACUGUUUUAGUAUACACUAAAACAACUAUUCACCUCAGUGUCGGUGUUUAGCGGUGGAUAUUUACCUCCAUCGCCGCUUUGUGGCUCAGUGAAUAUCCACCACUAACCACCUCCACUUCUGUGAAUAGUUGUUAACUAUUUACCUCCGAGCAAGAGUUUCAUUUCAGAACAUUUUUCGGUAUAUUAUUGAAAGAAAUAUAGUUACUAAAUUUUCUGGUAUCUGUGUGGUAUAAACUAAAACAACUUGACUUUAGUCAAUAAUUGUUAAUUAUGAAAUUGUGAGACUGACUGGGUUUUGAGACUCCCAAUAUUUUAAUAGUUGUCUCCAAGUAUCAAGUUUAUUUUGCAAAGUGAGACUAUUUAUUGUUAUAAUAUUCUGUGCAGUAUAUCUACAGGUUCUUCACAGAGUCAUGACUUAGAUUCUUUUAAGAAUUAAAAUUUGAUUCUGUCCUAAGUAGAGAUUUCCCUUAAUAUUGAUUUUGGUGGGAAUUAUUACUUAACAAAUUCAGAUUAACUUUUUUUAACCACUUUAUGCAGGGAGGAACAGUCGCAAUCCUGUGUGCCAUGGAAAGACCACACUUCUUCACUGGAGUGGUACUCAGUGCUCCAGCCAUUAUGGCAAAUCCUAAAACUGCUUCACGCGGCAUGAUAUUUUUAGGUAGAAUAGUGUCACGCAUUGUACCUUCCUUUCAAGUGGUAGGAUCUGAAAAUUCCUCCCUCCUAAGUCGAGAUCCUGAACAGGUCUCCAUCUUGACUAAUGAUCCUCUAGCAUGGAAGGGAGGUUUGAAGGCCAAAUGGGCAAUGGCCAUACAUGAUGCCAUGGAAGUCAUCAAAGGAAAUCUGACCAAGAUUGAGUGGCCAUUUUUAGUGCUUCAUGGAGAUGCUGACCAGCUCACAAUGGUCGAAGGUUCCGUGAUGUUGGAAGAGAAGGCAGCAAGCAAAGAUAAAACUAUCAAGAUUUAUCCGGGCUUUUACCACAAACUCCUAAACGAGCCCAAAGAUGAUGCAGCUUUGGUGAUGAAUGACAUCAUUUCGUGGAUUAACCAGAGACUGCCAUCUUGAAACUGACCAAAUUAUUUCACUCGUCUUGGAUAUCGUUGGAAAAGAUUAUAUAAAGGGACGUUUUAAAAAUAACCUGAAUUUACUUCAAUAGCGCUCUCUUUCCAAAGAUACGCAUUUACUUUAGUAUCUUGCGUUUUGUCUUUGCCUGUUAUGUCGCGUCGGUAUCCCUUUAAUAUCAAUGUAUUAUUCAUAAAUCAGGUAAUGAGAAUACUCAACUUAUCAGGUUGAAGUUGUUAUCGUGAUCUAACACCAAACUCUCGUAUCCAAUUUUUAAGGAAAUGUGUAGCAGCCAGUGGGUAGAAUUGGUAAUGAGAUCUUUCAAGUAAAUAGGUUUUAUUCAACAAUUAUCGCACAUACCACCCUUCCUGUGAAACGGGAGACAAAAACCAUUUAGGAAGGAAUUGAAGGGAAUUUCCAGAGGACACAUUCGCUUCAAAAUAUUUAAAAGUGUCCGUCGAGGAAGUUCCCAUAGCAAUGUUACCCUAUCAACUUUCCUUCCCAACACGCUUAUUGUGUGGACUACACUGACUGUUAAGAAGACGUUACCGAACUUCUGCGCAUGCACACAAUGUACUAGUUUCAACUAAGUAGCAAAUGGUCCACGAUCCUAGAAAGUAAAAUACACUAAAAAAUAAUUAAGAUAAAAACUGCAUGUCCAAACAGUACAUGAGAUAAUUGAAAAGAAGAAUUAUAGACGGCUCAAGGGGUCUUGAACGUUACACGUAUCAAAAACUAAAUGAACAGAGCCUACUUUUCUGUUAUGGAUGACUUGC